GUAUCGUCUCAAUUUUAUUUUAUUUUAUUUAUCAAAGCUUGUGUUAGCAAUCCUAGCGGCUUAGGUUGAGUCAUGGAUACAGGAGGCAAAGUGAAGAAGGGAGCCGGAGGAAGGAAGGGAGGUGGUCCUAAGAAGAAGCCAGUUUCAAGGUCUGUGAAAGCCGGACUCCAGUUUCCCGUCGGUAGAAUUGGGCGGUACUUAAAGAAAGGUAGAUACUCGCAGCGGGUUGGAACCGGGGCUCCAGUUUACAUGGCUGCCGUGCUUGAGUACCUAGCCGCAGAGGUUCUGGAGUUGGCUGGUAAUGCGGCACGUGACAACAAAAAGAAUAGAAUUAUCCCAAGGCACGUGCUCUUGGCUGUAAGGAACGAUGAAGAGCUUGGAAAGUUGCUGGCUGGUGUGACCAUAGCUCAUGGCGGCGUGUUGCCGAACAUUAACCCGGUAUUGUUACCGAAGAAGACGGAGAAGGCGGCCGGCAAAGAGCCCAAAUCUCCAGCCAAGUCCCCCAAGAAGGCUUAAAUAGAUAUAUUUAUAGUUGUAUUUAUUGUUGUGAAGAAUGUGCUAGGGAUGGAUUUUAAAAGUUAGAAUUUUGUUGGUUAAAGGAUGAUGAAUGAAACCAUUUGUUUCUGUUGCUUAGC